UCAUUCCAUGGUCCACCAUCAAGGCUGUUAGCUAAACGGUCGCUCUUGGAGAGAGCGAUAGGCGACUCCGGCAGCCAUGGAGACUGCACCGCUUACCUUGGCUCAUACCCAUGCACGGAAUGCAGUUCUGGAGACCCGCAAGUCAAACCCAGUUGCUGCGAGCGAGGAACAUGAUCUGGCCGCGGGCGAGUUUGCUGCAGCGGCCCAAAAAAGUUCAGAUCGUGAAGCCCUAAGGACGCUACAGCUUCUCGAGCAACACCAUAAAAAGCUCGCCCAGAUCUUGCGAUUCCAGCAUGAGAACCCAGCCGCUGCUGUCUCGAGUAUACAACAAGUGACUGUAGAAUCGGGGGGAGCGAAGACAGAUACGCAACAACACCCACCCAAGCUACUCGGACACGCUCGCCUACCGGCAAGGGAGACUUCGUCAAUCGCUAGCAAUUUAGCUUCAGCUCGAGGCAUUCCGUCACAGCCACGCCAUGGUUCCCCGGUGUCACCGACAGUUUCCUCACAGCAGGCAGGGGCGAAGAUGACGGAGGGACCGGCAAAGAUCAGGACCGGUGAGGCCAGACUACGAGAAAGACAGGCCUAUGCGACUAAGGAACGCCCCAACCGGACGCCAUCUAAGCAGUCAUGGAACCAACCUGCAGCCAGCCCUACCGAUAUUACCUCGCAACAGUUUGUACCUCCAGAUGUUGAAUCAUCCCAUCACAAGGACAGACAAGCCGCGUCCGACGAGCCAUUCCAACGGUUCUAUUCCACCUUUGAAGGCCUUAUUUCCAAGCUGUCCGCACCCUUGGCUUUCGCAGGCCUCCCUUUGGGUUCAGACGCGUCAGAAAAGGCUGAAUCUAUUCGCAAAACGUCGGCAGAUACGAAGGUGGAUCGUCAACCUGCAGUGUCCGAUCGCCAGGGCCAAUCGGGGGACACCGAUAUCAACAAAAUAUUUUCACGCGCUGCAUUACGUGCUGUCCGAGAUUCAACGGGCGGGGGAACAGGAAGCGCGGCGGAAUCGUUCUACGUCGUGCCCACAACAGGUGGAACUGUUUCCUAUGCCGGAAUCCUGAGCAGGGCUGAGAAGGAAGCUCGAAGAAGUAGUUUCGACGAGGGUGACGAGGACUUCGUGGACGCCCGUGAGACACCGCCAUCACCCGAAAUGCGUCAGAGCAUGACGGGGAGCAAGGGCAGAGGCACUCGAGGCAAAGAAAAGCUUACCAGCAUGCAGAGCCCUAAGACCCUAGAGGAACUGCAGAUGGAAAACCAAGCUCUGAAACAUCUGACUGAUACUUUGUCCAAACGUCUGCACAUGUGGGAGGUCAACGCGCAAUCAUCUUCCGUAGCUCUGCAGCAAUCCCUGAGGGCAAUGCGUCAUCAAAAUGUUCCAUCUCCAGAGCACUACCCUCAGUCUUCUCCUGCCGUCGCUUCACCUAUCGCUCCCCUCUCCACACCAGCCGCCACGGAUCAAGAGCAACGCAUCAGAGAGCUCGAGGAGCUAAUCCAGCAGAGCGAGAAGGAACUCGACAAGGUUGGCCGUGAGAACGACAAACUACGAAACGUCCUAGGAAAGUACAGAGAUCGGUGGGAGAAGUUGAAGGAGGGUGCAAAAAGUCGGCGAGAGGGCAGGUCAACUGGAGAUAGGAACAGCUAUGCAGAGCCUAGCACGCCGGUCCGGACUGGCAGUACCAGCUCACAGAAAGCGAAUGAAACCACGCAAGUGCAAGCCGAGGCAGGAACCGAAAACGAUACCAACUCAAGCAAUGAACCUGAAAACAAAAACGACUCCUCUAGCUGAGCCUUGAUUUUCAUGUUUGGUUCCAUCGAGUGUAAAGGACGUGUUGAGUUUGCAAGCGUAAGGUCCUGCACAAAGCAUGGGCGAUUACUUUCUCUGAGAGAUGUACGAUACUUCGCAUCACGCAUAUUUCUUCUCUUAUAUUUGUCCAUUCUGCGUUCAUGAACUGUUUUCGGGUUUAUUAUGAAGGAACUGCAUGAUCAAUAUCAACUCGAUCACUGCAAAUCCGGGGAGCAAAAUGGCAUGCAAAUAGUACGCAUCAGCCUAUGAAUCACGGUAAUUUACGAGUCAUGUCCAACAAAAAGUGCCAUAUCAAUGAUAACCGAGCAAAUAAAUGUAUAAUUCAAAAUAUCUGUAUCCGAAU